AUGGCCAUUGCCUCAAUUCGAGAGCACAAUGAAGACCAGAAACCGCACAGGAAACGUAAGCGGAAAGACAAGGAUGUCGUGUCGAUAUCAGAGGGCAAGGACUUGUCAAAAGAUGAGCGAAGAGAGGCAAAGAGGUUGAGGAAAGAAGAUCGAAGGAUUGUGAACGACAACAAAUCAAAGGAGAAGCCUCAGCAACUCCCUGUUGAUGGAGCAUCAGAUACCAUCGCUGCAAAGAUGGUUCGCAAGGAGGAACGGAAGCUGAAGAAGCUCGAGCAGAGUGUUACGAACGGAGACGAAGAAAACGUUGAACGAGGCGAAAAAGAUACACACGGGACGCAAUCAAAAGAAGCCAAAAAGGCCGAAAAAGUAAGACUGAAAGCAGAACGAAAGGCAAAGCGAAAAGCCCAGUCACAAGAGCACAAUGCGCUUGCGGAGGAUAACGACCUUCCCGAGCAAGAGACGAAGCUGAGCGCACAAGCAGCGUCUUUGAAGUCGAGUAAAGGUGCUGAAACGCAUGCUCCAGAGACUCUAACCAAUAACGGCAUGGAAGACUCGCAGGGAAGGACACAGAAAAAGGCCAAAGGGGGCAACGAUGCAUCGGAAGAGUACGUAGAAGAUGCUCUUUUGAGAGUACUUCCACAAUCGAGCAUCGACGACUUCCUACAAUCGAAACACAUUACAGUAGCCGACCCUUUGGCUACUACACGACCCUUGUUGCGGCCCAUCACUGAGUUCAGGUACCUCCCGCAAUUCUCAAUCUUGACGCGGAAAGACUCGCCAUUUGAUUCCUUCAAAAGUCCAACACCAAUUCAGGCAGCGGCGUGGCCACAUCUUCUCUCGGGGCGCGAUGUUAUCGGAAUUGCAGAGACAGGAUCAGGCAAGACGCUGGCUUUUGGCAUCCCAUGUGUCCAGGCGGUCAGCAAGCUUCAAUCAGCAUCGAAGCAUACAAGCCCAAGAGCAGUGAUCGUCGCCCCGACUCGCGAACUCGCUGUGCAAAGCCAUGCUCAACUCGAGAUUCUCGCCGCAGAAUAUUCUCUCCGAACGGCUUGUAUCUACGGCGGCAUGCCAAAAGAUCAGCAGCUCAAUGCGCUUCGUAAAGCCCACAUAAUCGUAGCCACACCGGGCCGGCUGAACGACUUUAUCGAAGAAGGCUCCGCCAAACUUAAUCACGUCAAAUACCUCAUACUGGAUGAAGCCGACCGUAUGCUUGAUACUGGUUUCGAAGACGCCAUCCGCCGCAUAAUCUCCCAAUGCCCCUCAUCCUCCAAAGGCCGCCAAACAAGCAUGUUCACAGCAACCUGGCCACAAUCCGUGCGCGACCUAGCCUCAACCUUCAUGACCUCUCCCAUCCACAUCACCGUCUCAAGCUCCUCCCAGCCCUCCACUGACGGCCAAUUACACGCUCCAAAACACAUCACCCAGACCAUCGAAGUUCUCGACGCGUAUUUCAAAGAAGGCCGCCUGCGCGAACUCGUAAAAUCGCACUCGCCCUCCAACAACCUAACUCGUAAGACUUCGGACCCAAGACACAACCGCAUCCUAAUCUUCUGCCUCUACAAAAAGGAGGCGAGUAGGAUAGAGGCCAUGCUGCGCAACAAGCUCGCCGGCGCCGCAGUCAAAACCGCCGCUAUCCACGGCGACAUGUCCCAGCCCCUCCGCACCGCAAAUCUCAAUUCAUUUAAGACCGGCGCCGUGUCCAUCCUCGUCGCCACCGACGUCGCUGCUAGAGGCCUAGACAUCCCGGAUGUCAAAGUCGUAGUGAAUUUCACUUUUCCGUUGACAAUUGAGGAUUAUGUGCAUAGAAUUGGGCGAACUGGGAGGGCAGGGAGAGAGGGGACAGCGGUCACAUUUUUUACAGUACAGGAGAAGGGAUUGGCGGGAGCUUUGGUGAAUGUGCUAAGGGACUGUGAGCAAGAGGUUCCUGAGGAACUGCUGAAGUUUGGGACGACGGUCAAGAAGAAGGUGAACGAGCAGUAUGGGAACUUCUAUAGGGAGGCGAGGCCCGGGGAGAAAAAGGAGGGGACGAUGGUGAGGUUUGAUUAG